AUGAGUCAACCUCAUGUGGUUAUAGUGGUGAAGAGCAAACGCACACUUAAUUGUACGAACCAGGUUGGCCAAGCCUGGAGUGGCCAAAUACGGACAUACAUGAAGUUCUCCACAGCCAUCGCGAUAAGCUGCCAAAUCCGUAGUCCAUUUCUAAGCAGGUGUGGGUCACGUUACAUCAUUUGGGCCAACUACAGAUUAGGUGCCAUGAGAAUUAGGCAGGAAUCCCCGGCAACCCUAAAGUAUAUCCUCUCCAGCUGUGUAUAUAUGGAACUACUUGGACUAAAAUACAAUUCAACACUUACAAUGUCUCGCAUUUUCAUAAUCCCAAUCAGAACCGGUGCCACAGGAUAUAUUGGUGGGGAUGUCCUCUUCGCUCUCACACAAGCCUUUCGCAAUUCGAAUAUCUCCGCCCUCGUUCGGAGUGAGAGCCGAGCAUCUCAGCUCACAGACAAGUUCCCAUCCGUAGCUCCGGUCAUUGGGGACUUAGAUUCCACCGCCAAGAUCACAAGCGAAGCCUCGGAGGCUGACGUUGUUCUUCGUAAGACUCUGUCCCUGUUCGUCGUUGCCGUUGGUACGCUAACCAAGGAAAAAGAUCUCGCCAGCUCAAAUCACCUAGCCAGCGCUACUGCCAUUGCACAAGGCUUGACAGAAAGCAAGCGCCAAAAGCCAGUAUGGAUCCAAAUCUCCGGUGCCAGCCUGCUCUCCGGACCCGACAUCACAGCCAAUGCCUAUGGCGAACCACGCUCGCAGGAAUUCAAUGAUUUACAAGGCAUAUCCGAAAUUCGAAGCAUCAUCACGUCCUCACCAAAGCGUGCCGUUGAUAACCUCCUUCUUAAACUCUCCGCCACAAACCCUCACGUCCGAACGGCCAUUAUUUACGGGCCACUGAUCUACGGCCGGGGACGAGGUCCUGUGAAUCAGCGCAGCAUACAACUCCCGGACCUGGCAAAAUCUACCAUUCAGCAUGGCCAUGGUCUCCAAGUCGGCAGAGGCCUCAGCUGCUGGAGCAAUGUUCACGUCUCGGAUAUUGCGCAGUUAGUUUUGAAGUUGACUCAGGAAGCGUUGUCAAACUCCCAAAAUCCGUCGAUCUGGAACGAGAAUGGGAUUUAUUUUGCUGAGAAUGGAAAGAUGCCGUUUGGGGAGAUUUCUCAACGGGUAGCUUCGUUUGCUGCUGAACAAGGCUUCAUCAAAGACUCCACCGUUAAGAGUAUCGAUGCCGAUGCUGCAGACAAGUUGACUGCACAUGGUGCUGUGCUUUGGGGAACGAAUGUUCAAUAUACUGCGGCUCGGGCACGAGAGCUGCUGGGUUGGCAGCCACAGGGUCCCAGUCUAGAGGGAGAGAUUCCGAGAGCUGUGCGGGAGGAAGCAUCGCAGUUGAAUUCCAAACUGUAG